AUGGCCCCCAAACAGGUGCAGAUGCCGCUGGGGCGGGGAAUGGCCAAGGACUCACCAGAGGCGAAGCAUUUCCAAAGAAAAUCAAGCGUCGUUCCUUUCGGCCGUGAUGGAACCACUUUAACGAACUUCACCUGCUGGACUGCAGAUUGCCCCGCAGUAAAGGCGGACCCCAGCCUGGUGUUUGCAAAAUGCCUAGUCGUUGGGGGUUCGCUCGACACGGAAUUAGAACUUGAACAAAUCGACCCUCCGGCGCGAGGGACAUUCCGCGUUGCUCCCGCAGACGUGUUCAACGCGAACGAGUUGAUUGAGCCUGAGGAGAUCGACGAUAUCGGCUAUCUUCCCCACACGAAUGUAGCAUGUGUCUUGGACGUUCUCAAGAGCCGGUAUGUGAGAAGCAUCAUCUACACAACUGCCGAGCCGCUUCUGGUGGCCGUCAACCCUUUCAAAGAUCUCGGGAACACCACGGAUGCGUGGAUAGCGAAGUACCGUACCACGACGAAGCCGGAGUUGCUCCCACCGCAUGUCUUCAAAACGGCGCGAGCGGCUCUCGAGGACCUUGAGGGCUACAAAAAAAAUCAAUCCAUUAUUGUGUCGGGCGAAUCUGGAGCAGGCAAGACGGAAGCAACGAAACAAAUCAUGCGUUUUUUUGCUUCGGCUUCCACUGAGGUGCGCACGACUAUCCAGGACACGAUUAUGGCAGGCAACCCCAUCCUCGAGGCGUUCGGAAACGCGAAAACAAUUCGAAACAAUAACUCAAGCCGAUUUGGACGUUUCAUGAUGCUCGAUGUCUCCUCUUCUGGGGGCAUUCAACACGGGAGUAUCUCCAACUUCCUCCUCGAGAAAGUCCGUGUGGUCUCCCAGGAAGCGAACGAGCGAUCUUACCAUAUAUUCUACCAGCUGCUCAAAGGCGCGACAAGCGAUAUGCGCGCCAAGUACCACUUGCGGGGUUUGAAGGAUUAUGUGUACUUAAAUGGGAAAAGCGGUGGGUGCUACGACGUUCCGGGGAUUGACGACAAGGCGGAUUUUGAGGAGGUUCUUGAGUCGUUGGAUGCAAUGCAAAUCACGGGUCCGACACGAGAUUCAGUCUUUUCGAUUCUCUCUGGCCUUCUGCUUAUUGGCAACGUUACAGUCGAAGGACAGGACUUACAAGGCGUUCCGGAUGCAGCGUACCUUUCUCCACAGAGCGAGGAAACGCUGCGAGAAGCUUGCCAGCUCCUCCACGUCGAUGAUGCGGCUCUGAAGAAGGCGAUCCUUAUGAAAUCGACAAAGGUCGGAGCCCAGAUAAUCGAAGGUGUGCGGACCAUGGAUGAAGCACAAAUGUCUGUCUUGUCUUUGUCGAAAAAUGUGUACGAUAAGCUCUUCGAUUGGCUUGUCCGGCAGCUUAAUAACUUGAUCGACGCGCCAAACGGCAUGCCCCAUUUCAUUGGAAUUCUCGAUAUUUUCGGUUUCGAAGUUCUCGAAGUGAACUCGCUCGAGCAGGUUCUGAUUAACAUCACCAAUGAGUAUCUCCAGAAACACUUCGUCGACGUUGUAUUCGAAAUGGAGACGAAGCUGUACCAGACUGAGGGUGUCCCUACUGAAGCCCUUGAGUACACAGACAAUCUUGCACUUGUCAGCGCUUUGUGCGGAAAGAACGAUUCCUUCUUUGCCCUACUCGAAGACGCUUGCUUAGGCCUUAAAUCCACUGACGAGUCGUCUUCUCGUCUGCUUCACGUGCCCGACCCCUCCCUGUCAUUUGUCGUCAUGUCGACCAGCACUGGCCCACUGGACUGGGACGAGUGUCGUUUUUUAACCUCCUUUUCCAUGGGAAAUGCAGUUCCAGUGGAGCUCCGCGCUUCCACUUCGUCGCGCGAGACAUCGGAGGUCGUGCCCUCAAGCGGUUUCUGUGGAACAAUCCUGCGCCGUCUGGGGCCCUCAGGAUUUUUCUUUGAAUCUAGGAGAGACAAACGGAUGAAAUUUGUGAUCCGGCACACGAUUGCCGAUAUCGAGUAUACAUGCGAAGGGAUGCUGGAAAAGAACAAAGACUUCCUACGAAAAGACGCGAUGGAUGUUAUCAAGGAAUCGCCUGACCCUGUCACGAAGGCGCUCUUUGAAGGCAUUGAAAUUGAGGCAGGGAAAAUCGGGAAGGGAACACUUAUCGCGUCCAAGUUCCUGAAAAACUUGGAGGAGAUGAUCGGAAUCAUGGCCCAAACGGAGGCACAUUUUAUCCGUUGCCUGAAGCCGAACGAGGAGAAGAAACCUCUGGGAUGGAAUGCCUCGAAGGUGCUGAAUCAGCUUUUCUCGCUUUCCAUUUUGGAGGCGCUUCAACUCCGCCAAGUUGGAUACGCGUACCGGCGAAACUUCAGCGAAUUCUGCAGUCACUUCCGGUGGCUCGACAUGGGCCUCGUAAAUUCUGAUCGUGAUAGGAAAGAGGUCGCCCAGAUGCUUCUCGAACAGUCGGGAAUUCCCGCGUCCUCAUGGGUGAUCGGGAAGACGAUGGUGUUCGUGAAGCCUGACGCGGCCAAAGAGUUGUCAGUUUUGCAGCGCGAGAAGCUUCUGUGUUUCCAACCUCUGAUCAGCGUCCUGGGCCCCAUGUGGAGGAAGGUGCUUCUCCGAAGGAAAAUGGGAAAGAUUAUCCGCUUUCUCACGAGAGUCGAGGCGAAUGCACGCAUGCAUCUCGAGCCGGAGAAGAUCGACCUUUCUCCCGAAGAGAGAGAUGCGUUCUUGGCAGGGAUCGCGCGCCCCCGAAAGCCCACGGUGGUGAAGAGGCUGCACACGGAACCCGAGCGAAAACCGACGAAGGUGCUCAGCUUGUCUCGCGCAAGACUUUCGAUGUCAAAAGAACUGCCUCGGAACUACGCGGCGAGCAACGAAGCUCUCGACGUUGAUGAUACCAAGUCUGUAGAUACAGAGGCCUUCGUCCGUCUGAAGAUGAAGCGGUCUCCUAAUGAAAACUAUCUUCGGCAGACAGCUUUGGCGCGUCUCAAAGAACGACGGCCGUCGAACGUCUGCAUGGAAGAGGCGUACCACGUGUGGAGGUCCGUGGAACUUCUCUUCAGAGAACCUCUAAGCGACAAGCGACUUCAGAACAUUUGCACAGUAAUCCGAAAUGACAUGGACCAGCACUACGGCUUUUUCUGGCAAGUUAUCAUCAACCGCACUCCGAACUUCGGCAUGGCUGCAACUCACAUUCACGGGUCCCUCCACGUCGUCGAACAGGAUGGAAUGUACAGAGACGGACGACAAUUCCUCUUCCACCUCAUAAUGUAUAAAACCCGGAAACCCCGCAAGGAAGAGAUCCGACUUCAUGAACGAGCGGCCGAGAAAACAUAUGGCAUCUGCCGACAGAAGGAUUUCUCAGGUGUCGUGCGCGUCAUGAACAGCAAAGUGCCUCCGUACAUGGAGAAAGACGUCUCGUACUUGAUUGGCAUGCUCUUCCAGCGAUACCAAUACACCCGCGACUGGACGACGUUUUCCACAUGCAUUCAGUCCUACCUGAUCGGGCGGUAUAGCGAACCCUUCGGAGGAGCUUGGAACGUGAUAGCGCAGGAAGGCGCCUUUUUCUUGAGCCGCCUGUGGACCAAACACAGCCGGUUUCUUCGCGUAGAGAUUGACUUCCCGGCCCUGGCAGAAGAGGCGCUGAGUGAGCCUUGUCCAGCCUGUCCGACGCCCGUCCUCACUGUCGUCUGUUUCGAGGCGUGUGCUCCAGAUAGAGCGUGA